CGUAUCAUUCAUUCUCAACCGAUGGACUUAAUUUGACAAUCACAACAAGAUCGAAAACAUAAGAAACGAUCAAGGGCGCCGGUUUUGCGUCAAUUGUUAUGAUCGACUUCAACAAAUUGGUCUAUCUCUCGAGCAAAAUUGUUCCGUCGAAUACUUGAGGCCACAAUCAUGAAGUUGGAGGUCGCCUGCCAAUCCAUGUUGGCACUCAUCAUCCACCAGGCGAAACUGUGCGUUGUAGAGACAGUUUGUGCAGUCGUCUUGAGUGCUGGACUCGGCGCAGUGAGCAGAGGUGAAGACGAAGAAACUGAGAUAGCGCUCACCUUCACACGUGGGAGGCCCUCCGGGAACCGCGACAGCAAUGGCAGCAUUGGAGGUUCUCAGUACCGGAUCUCUAAUGCCGUAGAAUUUCUUGUCACCUAUCGGGCUACAGCAUUGGGCGACCGUGGUUGUGUUGGGAGCGCCUUUUAACGACGACGUGGCUGCCGCCGUCGCUAAAGAUGAGUAAUAGUGCGGUAAGGACGAUGAAUAUUGGGGUCUUCAUAGUGCAGAAAAAGGGGUGAAUCGUUGAGUUCAUGGUGCGAAAAGGGGGCGUAUUCCAUUUAUAAUAUGCUUCACGCAGAUAUAAACAUAGCUGAACAUG